AUGGUUCGCGUAAAUUCGCAACUUUCGGAAGUGGAAAAGCUGCACUACCUCAAAACCAGUGUGACCGAUGAACCGUUACAACUCAUCAAAAACAUCUCUCUCACCGCAGAAAACUUCCCUCAAGCUUGGGAAACUCUCGUCUCACGAUACGAAAACAAGCGGCUUCUGACUGAUUCUCAUCUCGCGACACUUUUCGCGAUUCCUUGUGUCACAAAAAAAUCAUCAUCGGAACUAAAGAGCUUGCACAGCAACACUUGCGAAGCUCUUGGCGCGCUCGAACUUCUCGAUAGUCCCGAGAAAUUAGGGGAUCACAUCAUCGUGCACAUGACGAUUCGCAAGCUCGACCCAGCAUCUCUCGAAGAGAAGGUCAAAUCUUCUGACGACAAGGUCACAUACAGCGCAAUCAAAGGAACAGUCGUGUGCUUGUUGCAAAGGCAACCACUACAUUGCGUUCUGCCGACCUUUCGCGACAAAUCUCUGGAUCAAAGAAGGGAAGUGGUUUCUGCGAAAAAGCUUUGCUUCAAUUGUCUCGGUCUACAUCAGCAGAAGGACUGUCGAUCCAACAAAACGUGUCGCGUGUGCAACGGUCGACAUCAUUCCUUGCUGCAUCGAAACUCUUCUUCAAUCUCGACAGCUGCUAACAGCGGCACAUCUCAAGGACAGGCUGCAGUAGCGCAACCUGCAGUGCAGAACGCACCGAUCUCGAAUAGCGCCUCUCAGGUGAACAACCACUCAGCUCAGCCUACAAUGAUCAAGCGCUCUCCAGUUCUUCUCGCCACAGUGGAAUUGAUCGCUUCGAAUCCGGAGACUGGAGAAAGAAUCAUCGCUCGCGCUCUACUCGAUCAAGGAUCCGAAAGUUCAUUCGUCACGGAGUCGCUAGCGCAACAAUUGCGACUACGUCGGCAUCAAGCAACGAUACCGAUCAUUGGCGUCGGAGCUCAUCAAUCGGCAGUGACUCGCGGCAUCGCGACAUUGCAACUCCAAUCUCGUGCUCACACCUCGUUCUCAUGUCAGGUGGAGGCACUCGUGCUUCCACGACUCACAUCGUAUCUACCCUCAUUUCGACUUCUCGUCGAAGACUGGCCUCAUCUACGAGGACUCAACCUCGCGGAUCCAAGCUUUGCACAUCCCACUCAAAUCGACGUAAUUCUCGGAGCUGACAUCUACAGCAACAUCAUUGGUCAAGGAGUUCGAAGAGGAGCACCAGGAACACCAAUCGCGCAAGAAACUCAGUUCGGUUGGGUCCUCUCCGGCUGCGUUUCAGCGGAAGCAGCAAGCCCCUCGUAUGGCGCAGUCCAAGGCUUUCAAUGCUCCCUCGAUCACGAACUGCUCGAUCUCGUGCAGAAGUUUUGGAAGCAGGAAGAAGUGUCGAAACCUUUGGCACUAACUUCCGAAGAAGAGCGUUGUGAGCAACACUUUCGCGAAACGGUUUCUCGAACUGCGUCCGGUCGUUACGUAGUUCGGCUGCCGCUCAAAGACAAUUCGGUAGAGCUCGGCAACUCGCGGAAUCCCGCGCAUCAAAUGCUCCUUCGUUUGGAGAAACGGUUCGGUAGCGACGCGAAACUCAAGGAGGCUUACUCGAGCUUCCUUCGUGAAUAUCGUGAACUCGGGCACAUGCGUCGCGCUAUCAAUACACCUGAAGACAAUUCCCGCGUGUUUUAUCUUCCCCAUCACGGUGUAGUUCGCGACAGCAGUUCAACAACAAAGUUGCGUGUCGUGUUCAACUGGUCUCAAAGAACCAACCUCGGACUCGUUCUCAAUGACAAUCUUCUCGUCGGUCCAAAAGUGCAAACCGACCUCGCGGACGUUCUCUUACGCUGGCGACAAUAUCCAGUCGCGUUCUCAUCAGACAUCGUCAAGAUGUACCGACAAAUUUUGGUCCACAAUGAUGACCAAGAUUUUCAGCGAAUCCUCUGGAGCGUUCCGUAUCUCGCGAUCCGUGUUCUUCAUCAACUCGUUCGGGACGAAGGUAAGCAGUAUCCCUUUGCGAGUCACGUCAUUCUCGAGAACACGUACGUCGACGACAUCCUCUCAGGAGCAGAGGACGUUGAUCAAGGUCGCGAGAAAAUCAACGAACUCAAUCAAUUGCUCAAGGCGGGCGGCUUUGAACUUCAAAAGUGGACUUCAAGCCACCCAGAAACUCUCGUUGACAUUUCUCGAAACCAUCAAGAGAUCGUGAUGCAUCUAAAUCUCGAUCAAAGUCCAUUCUUUCGGGCUCUCGGUCUUGCGUGGAGACCAGACAUCGACGCGUUCGCGUUCUCCCCGCAAAUUCAUCAAACUCGGGACAAUUUCACGAAACGAAAAGUUCUCUCACAAACCGCGCAGCUCUUCGAUCCUCUUAGAUGGCUCUCGCCGAUCACGAUCAGAGCCAAAAUCUUUAUGCAGGAAUUGUGGGCACUCGGUUUCGACUGGGACGAGCCGCUCUCAGCUUCAUUGUCCUCGCGAUCGAUCGAGUUUCUACAAGAUCUUCAAGGCAUCUCAGCUAUCACCAUCCCACGAUGGAUCGGAUUAAGUUCAGCAUCUCUCGGGAUAGAGAUCCACGGUUUCGCGGACGCCUCUCAAAGUGCAUUAGGCGCAGUGAUCUACGCGCGAACGUAUAUCAACACUCACGAAGUGCGCGUUUCACUAGUGUGCGCGAAAACUAAAGUAGCGCCCCUAAAGAAGGUAACAAUUCCUCGUCUCGAACUCUGUGUUGCGAGUCUUCUCGUCCGGUUGAUGCGUCAUGUGGAAAAGACUCAUCAUUUCGAAAACACCCCGGUUUAUCUAUGGACGGAUUCUGCAGUCGCGCUCGCGUGGAUCAAAAGCCACCCAUCGCGGUGGAAGGAAUUCGUUCGUAAUCGCGUAACGGAAAUCCAAGAGUUCGCGCGCGCUCGUUGGUAUCACAUUUCGGGUUCUGAAAACCCCGCUGAUCUUGCGUCUCGUGGUGCAUCUCCGGAGCAACUCCAAAAAUCAGAACUUUGGACCUUCGGUCCAUCCUGGAUCUCAAAGCCUUCUGUCAAUUGGCCAUCCGUAUCUCCGCCACCUGAAGAAAACAUUCAUCUCGAGGAAAGAAAAGGGCUGUCGACGCACAUCGCAACAGCUAAGCUGCUACAAAUCUGGGAUCUCGUCGAUCGCUACUCAAAACUAUCGACUCUUCUCAAAGUCACAUCAUUGUGUAAACGCGCAGCAAAUCGGUUCCUCGCAAAGACGACAUCGAAUCACGUAAACACGUCUAUCACUGUCGGACCGAUCUCUACUCUCGAAUUGAGCGACGCCCAACUGUUUUGGACCAAGGUGAACCAGCAGGUGUACUUCGCAGAAGAAAUUCGCCAAAUCGAGACAAGCUCAAGUCUCACUCGAAGUCAUCCACUAUCGCGACUCACGCCGUUCAUCGAUUCGAACGGAUUCCUCAGCGUCGGCGGUCGACUGAAUCACUCAUUGCUUUCGUAUGACGAAAAGCACCCGUUCAUCUUGCCUCGCGAAUCAUCGUUCUCCACAUUGAUCAUCGAUCAUCAUCAUCGGUUGAAGCUCCACGGACGUCCGCAACUCACUCUCGCCACAAUCCGACAGCGGUACUGGAUCCUGGGAGGAAGAGUACCGAUCCGCAUGUUCAUACAUCGUUGCGUUCCUUGUGCGCGUCAUCGCGCCACUCUCAGCAGCCAACAGAUGGGCCAACUCCCUCAGUCUCGAGUCACGCAAUCAAGGCCGUGUCUUCACUCUGGCGUUGACUAUGCUGGUCCAUUCUCGAUUCGAGCCUCCCGCGGAAGAGGAGCGAAAUCAUGCAAGGGAUAUAUCGUUAUCUUUAUCUGCUUCACGACCUCAGCUGUGCAUCUCGAGCUAGUUUCGGAUUACACGACGGAGGCAUUCAUCGCGGCGUACAAACGUUUUACAUCUCGACGAGGAAUUUGUGCCUAG